GGCGGAGCCAGAGCGGCGCGCCCAAUCGGGACGUAGUCUUGGCUGGCCCCGGGCUCUCGUGGGCUCACUCGCUCUAGGGAACCGGCACCAUGGCGUCGGGCUGCAAGAUCGGCCCCUCCAUCCUCAACAGCGACCUGGCCAACCUGGGGGCCGAGUGCCUGCGCAUGCUGGACUCGGGGGCCGACUACCUGCACCUGGAUGCACCCUGCUCUUCAGGGAGGUCAGUUUUUUGCAUUUUGUUCCCAACAUCACUUUUGGUCACCCCGUGGUUGAAAGCCUCCGGAAGCAGCUAGGCCAGGACCCUUUCUUUGAUAUGCACAUGAUGGUAUCUAGGCCAGAACAGUGGGUAAAACCAAUGGCUGUGGCAGGUGCCAAUCAAUAUACCUUUCAUCUUGAAGCAACUGAGAACCCAGGGGCUUUGAUUAAAGACAUCCGGGAGAAUGGGAUGAAGGUUGGCCUGGCCAUCAAACCGGGAACUACAGUUGAAUAUUUGGCCCCAUGGGCUAAUCAAAUAGAUAUGGCCUUGGUAAUGACUGUAGAGCCUGGGUUUGGAGGGCAGAAAUUCAUGGAAGAUAUGAUGCCCAAGGUUCACUGGCUGAGGACCCAGUUCCCAACUCUGGAUAUAGAGGUCGACGGUGGAGUAGGUCCUGACACUGUUCAAAAGUGUGCAGAGGCAGGAGCUAACAUGAUUGUGUCUGGCAGUGCCAUUAUGAGGAGUGACGACCCCAGAUCUGUUAUCAACUUACUAAGAAAUGUUUGCUCGGAAGCUGCUCAGAAACGUUCUCUCGAUCGAUGAAGCCACAAGGAACCUGGUUUCUGUUCAUGAAACCUUUUUUAUUGGAAAAGAGGAAUAUUGACUACCAAAUCACAUUGCAAUCGAAGCAGUGCUGCAUUCCAGAGAUUAAAAUCAAUUGGGCAGGAUGUUCAAGAGGUUAGAAAUAACUACCUUUUUAGUGAUGCCAUUUAGAGAUUAGCGUGAUGAGAAAUAUUCGUGUUUAUACUGGGAGGAUGGUUUUUGUAAAGAGUAAAAAUACGGUUUUGUUAAGAUUAGACAGAAAUACGUCUUAAUGCCUAAAGAGGAAAAUUAGCUACUAUGACAAACAUUUUUCUGUAUUUUUACAAAAAGUGUUCUGUUGUUUCCCCAGUUUAUCCCUAAAGCAAAUGACGUGCAUCUUCUGUUUCAUGUCAUUUGUGAUUUGCUGAGACGCCUGAGAGAGUGAAUGGAAGGGGCUAAAAUUAGAAGCUUUGGGGGGGUGGCAUGUCACGGCCUGGCAUCUGAAACAUUUUUAAUCUUACACUUGGUUUAUGAACAACUAUAAAAUAAUGUAUGAAGCCUAGGGUUUCUGAAAUGCAAGCACAGACUUUAUCAAGGUAUUUUCUUUGUCAUAGCAGACUACUCGAUAAUUCCUUCCUGCCCCUGAUCUCACAGUAUUAUGUGAAAUAAUACUGUUGUUAGCUGGGAGCAGAAAGAAACCGAAGUCUGCCUUGGAAGCUCCACUGGGUUGAAUGCCAAGUUGGACCCAUUCUAGCUCUUUGAUCUUAGUAAAAUCAUCCAACCUAUUUUCACUAUAAACUCUUAAAUAUGUUGAAUGGAACCAUAACUACUGAGUUUGAGACUUAAAAGCAUAACAUAAUAUUGGAAAGCGUAUAGUUCUACGCUUAGACUGUAGAGGAUUCUCCACAAAUGGCAAGCAUUUUUUUUUUAUCUGUUUUGUGAGUUAUUAAGCACUUUGGAAUAAUCCCAUUAAUUCCUAGAUUAUCCAGUAAUUGUUAGAGCAGCUAUUUUUGUCCUAUCUUAAGACUAAAGAAAGUGGAGAUCUGCAGUGGGCUGGUACAUAGAGAGGGUCCAGUAAAAAGCAGUUUUCUGGUAUGUGCUACUUCUUUGACUACAAACAGCUCCUGGGGUAGGUUAAAAAAAAAAGAUUUUUACUUUUUUUAUUUUUAGUGUAACUUUACCCUGUAGUAGAAACAGAGUGAGACAAGAAAACUCUGGAAAUACAGAUUUUGACCCCAAAGGUGUGUGUGUGUGUAUACACACACAUACUUAAAUAUGUGUAUCUGUAUUAUAUAUAUAUAUAUAUACAUAUAUAUAUAUAUACAUGCAUACAUACAUAUAUAUAUAUACAUAUAUAUAUAUACAUAUAUAUAUAUAUAUAUACAUGCAUACAUACAUACAUGUAAUUUCUAAGAAAGAAGUAGGCUAAGAAGUGAUGGGAUGCAGACUUAAUCCAUAAAUAAGUAUUAAUGACCAUGUGCUCAGUGACCAAGAAACUAAAAAUACGUAUUAGCCACUUCACUUUCACUCUUGAACAUGAGAAGAACACAACCUGUAUCACUAGAUUUCUUCAGGCUACCAUGAGUUUUGAGAAAUAAGGUUUAAAAACAAAGAACACUGACAAAUAGGUAUGGAAUAGAGCUUGCUUGGGUUUUUCCCUGCCCUAUAAGAUAAAAGUUUAUUAAUACCUGUGGGGUGUUUUUGUUUUUUUUUUUUUUAGCUUAUGAAAGGUUUGUGCCAUGAAUAAUAGCAUUUAAUCAAAUCACACAAUACAAGGCAUAUAGAAAUAACUUUAAUUAAAAAACUAUGUAAAAGAUUAUAAUAUCAGUCAUGACAAAGAUUUGAAUUUACUUGCUGGGACAACUUGUAUUUUUCUGGCUUUUGUUAUCUUUUUCUUUAAAAAUAAAUGUACAGUAAAACUAUAAGCAAAA